AUGGCAGAAGCGAAAACCGAAGGGAGAAACCUCCCUGUGGAAGAAGCUCGCGCAGAACUAAGGCGUCAUUUCUCGGAAUAUCAAGGCUCUGAAUACACCCAGGGCUGGGCAAAGCUCUGGUCGAACGGCAAUUUCUUACCCUGGGACCGUCUGGCUCCAUCACCUGCUUUGGCAGAUACUCUGAAGAAUCAUGUUGAUCUGGUUGGUCGUGCCCUGGUGGAGGAUGAUGGCCAGAAGCGUCGAAAGCGAGCGUUGGUACCUGGCUGUGGCAGAGGCGUUGACGUUCUGUUGCUCGAGAGCUUUGGUUACGAUGUAGUUGGAUUGGAGUAUCCUGAGGGCGCCUUGAACGCAUGUCAGAAAUUUGCGGAAGAGCAUGCAAACGACUAUCCUGUCAAGGACGAGGCGGCCGGGAGGGGGAGUCGAAAGUUUGUACGAGGUGAUUUCUACAAGGAUGAUUGGCUUGUCGAUGCAGGUCUUGACAAGGACACAAAGUUCGAUUUGAUCUACGAUUACACUUUCUUCUGUGCCAUGCAGAUCUCCAUGCGACCGGCUUGGUCGAAAAGGAUGACAGAGCUGCUUCGCCCUUCUCCUCUUGCUAAUCUGAUAUGUCUGGAAUUCCCGACACAAAAACCAGGGACAUCUGGUGGCCCUCCUUGGGCUUCUCCUCCAAGUGCCUACAUGGAGCAUUUGAGUCAUCCGGGUGAAGAGGUCAAAUACAACGAGGCUGGAAGUGUCAUGAUGAACCCCUUUGCACCAGACAGCUCCAAUGCCCUGGAACGAGUUGGCCAUUGGCAUCCUGCAGAUACCCACCAAGUCGGGAAGGACGCAAAUGGCAAUGUUGAGGACUACAUUGCCAUUUGGAGACAUCACUGA